AUGUAAAGAUUUAAAGAAUGGCUUAAACCUAUAAAGGAUUAUUUUUUGAAUAGUUUUUCAGAGACAUCUCAAUUAUUUCUUUCAAAUUUUUUAGGAGACUAUUUGGAAGACCCUAAAUAAUUAAAUAUACUUACACUAAUUAAAGGUAUAGAUAAGUUGUAAUUAAAUAUAAAAUAUAUUAAUCAAUUAUUCGGAUGCAAUCCUUUUAAUUUCGAAGAUGCAUACAUUAGUAACUUAUUAAUGCUAUUUUUAAGAAUCCCUAAAAAUAUCUAAUCUUAAAUUCGAAGCAGAAAAAAUAACAUUCAUUUUAGUAUUAAGAGAAAAAUCUGAUGAUGAAUUAAAACAGCAUUUAUAGAAUUUAAUAGAACUUCGGUAGUAUGAAAGUGCUAAAAUAAACUAUCUUUAAAAAUUAAGGUAAGAAGUGUAUAAAAGAAAUCAGCUAGAAUAAAUUCAGGGUUAGACUUAAACUAUUGGAUCAGGAUUAAUGUGUUUUUUAAGUCUCGCUGAUACUUUACUUAGUAAUCUUUCAAUUUCUAUAAAAAAUAUAUAAAUAUUAGUAAAACUUGAACAGGGAGUUUAAUAUGAAAUUCUAAUUAAUGGUAUUAAUUUGGAAUUGAACAAAGCUAAUACGAAGUAUUUAUUUUAUUUUAAUAUAAGUAAUAUACUAAACAUAACUACGAUUAUUGAUUUGAUAGAAUUAAAGAUAAAAAAUGAAAUAAUAGCACUUAUGGAGAAGGCUAUGAAACUUUAGAUGAUUGUAGAAACAAAAGACAAUAAUUAAGUUAAAUUAAAAAUAAAUUGUAUAGUUUCUUACCUUGAUUUUGUAUUAAACAAAAAAUAGAUAAAGACAAUUAUAAAAUCAUUCGCUAGUUAUGGAUCGAAAAUAGAUCAAACAAAUAAGACCUUAAUUAUGCUUUAACAUUAAGCUUAAGCUUCAGUUGUUGCUUAAAAAGAUAAAAGAAAUUUUUAACUUUUUGAAAUAAAAGACUUUGAAGUUUUAAAUAUUGAACUUUUGAAGUCUAAAGAAUUAAAUUCAGUUUCUAAUAAUUCAUCAUAAGAAAUUUUACAAAGCUUAUACUUAGAUGAGGAAGGGACAAAUUGUUCUUUAGAUUAAAACAUGAAAAAUUAAAAAGAAUAAUUUAAAUGCUAUUUUUAAGGAAUUAAACUUGCUAUAUGUGAAAACCCCCAUUAUUUUCCUUUAGUCAGAGAAAUAUUCUUUUAAGAUCUUGAAUCUCAUUUUUUUAUCGAGAUUACUGAUAUAGUUACAGAAUAUAAUUAAAUGUGCUUUAGAUUAAAUAUAUAAAGAAUGGCAGCGUAUAGAAUCAAAUUGACCAGUCCUCCAUUUAAAUUUAAUCUUAGAUCAUCAAUUAAUUCAGUUCAAAAUUCAGAAAUAUUUUUUAGCUGUAAACCUAUAUAAAAAUAAGUAUUUCUCGUAACCCCUGUAGUUUUAAUAGGAUAACAUAAAUUGUAAAAUAUUGAAUGUGAUUUUUCAAUAUAUAAUUAUGAGAAUUUUCUUUAAUUACAAUCAGACAAUAAGGAUGCAAUCGAUUUAAAUAUUUCAGUAUUAAAGUGCAAAAAUAAAAAAUUAUUUUACUCAGUAAAAGCUGAAUUUUCUUAAAUUGUAGCUUCAUUCAGACAUGAAUCAAUAUUUAAUUUAAUGACAUAUCUACCAAAACGUAAGAUACAACAAUUACCAUAACAAAAAACAGAUUUUAUGUGUGGAUUUGAAAUUAAUGUUCCUGAAAUUAAAUUAAGUUACUUUAUAAACAAUUAAACACUCACUUUUAAAUCUAAAGGAAUUACAUUUAAAUAAAAGCCAACAAAAAUAAUUGAACUAAAAACAUGUAUUUUAGAACCUUUUGAAGAAAUUCAAUAUUUCGAAAAUCCUAUAAAAUUAAUAAUUAUUGUUUUUAAUUAAAUCGAAUUAAAAUUUUAAGAGGAAACUAUACUUAGAAUAGAUUAAGGUAAUAUUAAUAACAAGCAUACAUAUCCAACAAUUUAUAUUGUAAUGAAAGAUAUAAAAUAAAUAAAAAAGGAUAGAUUUAAUGAAUUAGAAAGCUUAUUUAAUUACAAAAAAUAAAAAUGUGACUUAAUAAUAAGUGGAUUAAUUCCAAAUAUAGAAUUAUAACUUUCCGAUAAUUUUCUUUAAUGGAUGAUAUCAUUAUAAGAAUAUUAAUAAAAAUUAAUAAGCUAAUAAAUAUAGAAUCUAAAGAAUAAAUCAUUUAGACACUUUUACCAACUGAGAAUAAAUUAAGCCUGCAUUGGAAUAUAAGAUAAAUGUUUGAAUAAUUUAUUUUAUUUAGAACUUAAAACAGUAAAUAUAGUAAAAGUUAAAUCAAUUUUGAUUUUAAUACAAGAUAUCAUAGCUAUUGAUUCCUAAAGUCUAAUCCCAUAAAAUGGAGAGUAAAAGUAUAAAAAUUUUGAAUCUGCUUAAAUUAUUUUAUAUAGUAUGAAAAAUGAAAUUAAUUCAGUUGAAUAAAAAAUAAAGAAUGAUUAAAUUGAAAUAUCAAAUAACCCAUUGUUAAUAGAUUAUUAAAAAUAUAUAAUCUAAGUAUAUUUUGAAUAAACGACAACUAUUAAGAUGAAAAAUCUAUGUCUAAGAAUUCCAGAUUUUUAAUUUAAAUCUUUAAAAAAAAUGGGAGCACUUUUUAAUUAGUAUAAAGAAGUUUAGGAUUAGAUGGAAUAAAAUUGGCUUAGUAGAGCAUAAAUAAUUGAUGAGGGUAGUUUUGAACAAUAAUAACACAAUAUAAUUUUAGAAGAAGAUAUAUUUAUUGAUGUUUUUCCUAUAAAUUCAGUAGAAACAUUCUCUGAUUAAAAUCACCUUUAAAAUUAACUUGUGUAUUCUAACAGUAGAAUUUUAUUUAGAGUUAAUAAUUCAAAAAUAUGUUCAGUUAUAGAACUAAGUAACAUAGAUAUGUAUUUUAUUGAAUAAAAUAAAAUUGAGAAACAAUUUCCAUUAAUUUUAAAUGGUUUUUUUGAUAACAAAUCUCAUAUUUUAUAAUUUGGUUCUUAAUUAAGAAUAAAAAAUGUAAAAUAUAAAGAUGAGUAAAUUAGUAUAGAGUAAAUUAUAGGUAAUUUUAAAUAUGAUAUAAUACAAUCAAUUAUGUAGAUUACAAGAGAUUUGUCAAAAUUAAUACCUUAAAAUAAUAAAUAAGUUUCAGACGAAUAAUACAAAAUUUCUUAAGAUUUCAAUCAAUAACUAAUAAAUUAGAAGAUUAUUGAGGAAAUUUAUCUAUUAAAUGUAGGAUAUAUAAGUAUAGAAUUAGAAUAAGGAGUAACAUAUUAUGAAAUCGAUUUCAUUUAUGACGAUAAUAAUGAAUAGGAUGAUUAAUUUAAUUAGAGUUAAGAUUCAGAUAAAAUUUGUUUUAAUUUUACAAAAUGUUUUCUUAAAGUUGAGAUGUAUAAAGAAGGUCAAAUUGGGAUUCGGUAUAAAUCUAAUUUUGAGAUAUAAGAUAAAAUUGAUAAGUUUUAUCAUAAACUAGUUUUGAGUCCUGAUUUUUAGGAGUUUGAGUUUCAAGAUAAUUCUCCAUUAAAUUUUGGAUUGAUUAUAGAAAAUCAAGCUUAUACAGGAUUUAUUUCAAUGGUUCCUAUGAAAAUAUAUAUAUCUGGAUCUCUACUCUAGUUUAUAAUUAAUUUCAUGUCUAAUAAAACAAUUAUUGAAUAAAGAAUUAACCAAGACGAAAUAGAAAUAAUUUAAGAUGUUUUACCAAUUAUAUGGUUGAAAAGUUUAUAAAUAUAUUAGACUAGAUUUAAUAUUACAUAUGAUUCAUAAGGAUUAAAAGUUGAUGGUUUAUUAAAAGGAUUGUUAAAAAUAAGUUCAUUUUGUAAUUUAUAAAUAACUUUGAAGGAUACUGAAAUAUAAUGCAAAGGAGAUUUAAAAGAUGUUUAAUAAUAAAUAAUAGAAAAUAUUUAAGAAAGUUUUGGUUCAAAAUAUUAGAUUGCUGGAAAAGCUUUGUAAAGUUUGGAUGCUUUUACUUAAUUAAAAUAUUUAGGCCGAGAAUUAUUGAAUUUAUUUAUAAGCCCUUUUGAAAAUAUAGUAGAAUCAUCAAGUAGUAGAAUAGAUUUAUCAAAAUCAUUAAAUGAUGUACUAUUAAAUUUAAAAAAUGGAUAGUAAGUGAUAUAAAAUUUCAAAUUUUCAUCUUUGCCAAGUAGAUUUCUUAAAAGAUAUUGA